CAGAGGCAACAACAAAACAAACCGUCGUGAAGGCCGAGUGAUAUGCGGUUGUCCCGUUUCUGUCCGAGCUUUCGUCCAGUUUGACGCAAUGUCUGCCGACGCAGACCCCGAACUUCUGGAGCUAGUGUCCAAAAACCUCGAGGAGGAGGGAUACUUGUAUAAAAUGCGGGCGCAGCUCCGGGCCAAAAUUUUUCAAACUUUGGAUAAUCAGCUGAACCCACAGAAGCAGUCUGUCCGAACGCAACUGCAAGAAUAUUUAAGCAGCUCUGAAGGCUUGAUCGUGGCCAGUUUGGUCAAGGACUUCCUCGACUUCUACAGUCUUGGCUACGCCGAUGGUUACUUCCAGCCGAUUGCCGCCUGCGGAGUCAACUUCUUCGCCAGCACCAGGGAAGACCUGUCCAAGCAGUUGGGCAUAGCAGACGAAAAUGGAAAGUGCAGAAAGCCGCUCCUUGCGCACUUGAUAAAGCAGCACAGCAGCCCCGAAGUCCAGAAGCCGCCAGCCAACCAGACCUUCACCAAAACCAAUGGUGACCUGUCUGCAAAGACCUCUCCGUCCAAGAGCCACGACCUCUCAGGGAGUGAUGACUCGAGUCCGAAGGUGCUUGAAAAGGAGUCGCCUCUUCCUGAAGUAGCCAAGCUGGUCAACGGCAGCAAUAACUCGCAGGAGACUGUGCUCUGCGCAGUCAAGAAACUCGAAAUCAACAACGAAAGAUUAUCCCCUGGGCUCACAGAGCCUGCUUCUAUGCUCAAACCUCCAUCCGAAGUGCCGUCGACUGAGCAGCACAAAUCUUUGACAGAAACCGGGUCUCCAGCAGAUUCUCUGGAAAACUAUGAAGAAGAUUUUCAGUCGUCAGCCACCUUGAGUCCAAAGGAGUCAAGGCAAGCUGCGGCCAGCGCCAGUGAAAUUGAGGAGGUCAUCUCGGAGGCUGUCAGCAAUAGUGACUCAACGGUUGAAGAAUUAACUAUCGACGCAACAAUAUCAUUAACAAGUGGCUUUUUUGGAGACCACCUGCAGUCAGUAUAACUCUCAGCAAUUGGAAUCUACCAAAAUCUCUUAAAAUCAAACUCCCAAGAUGUGGAAACCGGAUGCAAUCUUGCCCUCAGCCAUUUUUCACAAUUUUCUUAACCAUGUUUGUUGCUCAACUUGCAGAUUUUGUGUGCUAUCAAAAUAUUUUGCUGUUUUUAAAUUAGUGCAAGGUGUACUAGUCACUUUUUCAGUUUGACGUCGUUCUCCAGCGUAGUAUGCCUGUGUUUUGAUCGUUUCUGUUGUGACAGGAUAGAGUUUUCCACAUUAUUUAUUGUAUAAAAGAAUGUACAUACAGGUUAGCUCGUUUCCAGAAAUUAAAAAACAAACGGAUUUUAGCUAAAAUCAAUGAUGAA